AUGUUGUUAAUCCUCCCCAUUUCUCUCCAGCAAAGGAAGAUCUUCAUGGUACAUGGCCCUUAUCCUGUGAUCCGAAAACGACUGCGUGGCAGAGGCUGGGUGGAGAGAAAAUUUCCCAAGUUGCCUAAGCCUGCUAGUAAGCGGGUGCGCAUGCCUGACGGAGAGCAGGAAGAUGGAGAUGAUAGCGAUGCACCAGAUGAUGAUGAAGAAGAAGAAGAGGAAGAUGAACAGGAGGAGGAUGCUGAUGGCACCUAUAGCCUCAUGUCAAGGCUGCUUCGCAACCAGAUCCCCUACUUCAUCUGGACCAACCGCCGUGAUGUCAUUGACUGCCGCCUUCUGCGCAAGGACCAGAUGAUGAACCACUAUGCCAAGGCCGGCACCUUUACCACCAAGGUAGGACUGUGCCUUAAUCUACGAAACCUGCCAUGGUUUGACCAGGCUGAUGCCGAUACCUUUUUUCCACGCUGUUACCGACUGGGAGCUGCGGAUGAAAAACAUGCCUUCAUUGAGGAUUUCCAGCUCACCGCAGCCAGGAGCCUUCUCAAAGUGGUGGUGAGACGAUAUUGGCGCAAAUCUCCCUUAUUUUCAUCGGUGGAUACUAAUGAGGACGAGCCUCCUGAUAACAAGGAGCCUCCAGAAGCCAAGCCAUUCCCCAGUCACAAGAAAAAGCCCACCCUGUCAUCCCGACUGCUGGAGACUGCCAUCCGUGCCUGUGAGGAGCAUUUGAGCAGCCUGAGGCACCAAGACAUUGACAAAGAGGUCGGGUCUCCCCUGCUAAUGACAAGUGCCCACUGGGAACAGUUUCUACAAGGCUACUACCAGGUAGUCCACGAGGGAGCGCAGAUUGUGCAGAUGGGCGGCCAUGUUGCACGGUGUGAAGAUAUCCUGCAUCGGCUGGCAAAAGUGGUCCCACAGCUGGACAUGGAAGGUGACAAAAACAUCUGGAUUGUGAAGCCUGGAGCCAAGUCACGAGGCAGAGGCAUAAUGUGUAUGGACCGCUUGGAGGAUAUCGUGAAGCUAGUGGACUGCGACCCCAUGAUUGUCAAGGAUGGCAAGUGGGUGGUGCAGAAAUAUAUCGAGACACCCCUGCUCAUAUUCGGCACAAAAUUUGACCUGCGCCAGUGGUUUCUGGUAACCGACUGGAACCCACUUACCAUCUGGUUCUACCGGCAGAGUUACAUCCGCUUCUCUACGCAGCCUUUUUCCCUGAGAAACCUGGACACCUCCAUCCACCUCUGCAAUAACUCCAUCCAGAAGCACUAUGAGAACUCGCUGACUGCAGAGCUGCCCCCCGACAACAUGUGGUCGUCAGAGCAGUUCCAGGUCCACUUGCGGCAGGUGGGGGCACCAGAUGCCUGGUCAAAGGUGAUCGUGCCCGGCAUGAAGGCCGCCAUCAUUCACGCCAUGCAAACUUCACAAGACCUGGUUGAGUUCCGCAAAAACAGCUUCGAGCUGUACGGCGCGGACUUCCUUUUUGGAGAAAACUACCAGCCGUGGCUGAUUGAGAUCAACGCCAGCCCGACCAUGGCCGCCUCCACUGCCGUCACUACUCGGCUGUGCGCCAGUGUGCAGGAGGACACCCUACGGGUGGUCAUCGACCGCAAGUACGACCGCACCUGCAGCACAGGAAGCUUUGAGCUUAUCUACAAACAGGCAGCUGUGGAGGUUCCGCAGUACGUUGGCAUCAGCCUUUUGGUCGAAGGAUCCACUGUUAAGAAGCCUCGGACUGCAUUCCAAAGAAACCCCGUGUCUGAUGACACAAGGAACACCAAGUCCAAGACCCCAAAGUUUUAUUACCAGCGUGGAAGCCACGGGAGCCCCCGGGGGCCUAGCCCAUGCUGGGCAGCAGCAAAUAGCAAGGCAUCGGUGCUGGCAAGCCCCGGGAAAGAGAACAAAGCCAGGGAGACCUCUCUGGCUGGCCAUGUGGCCUCUUCAACUUCUGCUACGUUCAAGCUGCCUAGCAAGCUGAAACCAGAACCGCGUAACAGAAGGGUACUGAUGGCACACAGCGUGGCCACCACCGUCGCUGUCUCGGAGGACAUGCUGCUGCGGCCAGUGCCGCUCUGUGCCAAAUCUCGCUCUCAGAAGCUGGUCACUAGCCUGCAGGAGUCCACUAACCGACCUGCCAAGAACACGGGUGUAUUUUUGCAAGUGCCCAGCAAGGCAGUCCGAAUGGCAGGUAGGGAUACGUGUGCGAAGCUGCGCGUACACAACUUGCACACCAUCCUUUUCCCCGCUGAUCUCGUGCCCCCUGUCCCCCUCUCCUGUCGCUUGAGGCCCAAGACGCAAGAUCAUUUGCGGAGCUGCAGGCGGUCCCCCAUGCUCAGCGUUCCCUUGCCCCCGUCUCCGUCGUCCCUUCUGGACAUAGAUCUCUCUUCAGCUGCUCAGCUCAAUGCCAUAAGAGCAAGCAUGAUCAGAAGGCGGCGGACGAGUAGAGACGAGGCCUUCUGGUGA